UGGUAAGGCAAAGAGAGAGGAAGGAGAAUGGUGAGAGCUCCAUGUUGUGAGAAAAUGGGAUUAAAGAAAGGUCCUUGGACCCCCAAAGAAGACCAGAUUCUCGUCAAUUACAUUCAACUCCACGGCCAUUGCAACUGGCGAGCUCUCCCCAAACAAGCUGGUUUAUUGAGAUGCGGAAAGAGUUGCAGGCUACGUUGGACAAAUUAUUUGAGGCCAGAUAUUAAACGAGGGAAUUUCACCAGGGAAGAAGAAGACACCAUUAUCAACUUACAUGAUCUGCCUGGUAACAAGUAUGCAUCGAUUUUUGAUAAUCAUAUUUUUUAA